AUGAGCCGCAACUUCGUCCCCGUAGCCCUAUCCAUCGGCGCCGGCGUCCUCGGCGGGUACUACGUCUGGCAACCGUAUUUCAAGGAGAUGCAGCAGCGCCAACAACACCAGCUCCAGCAGUCGUUGAAUCCGAAUUCUACCGAGACGGCACCGCAGUCACAAGUUCCGACAUCGACACCGACACCGACACCGACACCUCAGGAGGUGGUUCCUCCCUCUGCGACAGGGGAUUCGGGGUCGGGGGAGGCAGCGGGGCAGUGA